GGCGCGCGGGGGGGGGGCACCAGCCUAUAUAAACCCCAAGCGCCCAGCUUCGCGGGUCAUUCACUCUCUAGUCGCGCGUCUGGCCGGUCUGGCGCUCCCCUGCAUACACAUUUGAUUUAUAUAUUUAUAUAUAUAUAAAAACGGCCAAAUGUUGACGUGGAUGAUAGCGGUUGUGGUACUGGCGUCCACGGCCUCACUUGGGAUGACUGCUACAGUCAGCAACUCCUCUGCCAUCCGAGAUCCUAAAUUGUUCCCGGUGGUGCAGAUAGUGACGUUUGAGAACGGGCCGUGUGUGGCAGCCUCGGGGGAACAAGGUACAUGUUUUAGUCAGAAAGAAUGUGACGAUAUUGCUGGAGCUUCCUCUGGCACCUGUGCUAAUGGUUUCGGCGUCUGCUGUGUCUUGUACACACCGUGUGGAGGCACGGUGUCCGUGAAUGGUAGUUACUUUAUCAGUCCUACCUACCCUGCCUCCUACAGUACCCCAGGGAUGUGUGUGGCGUCUAUCACGCCUCCUGCUGGGACAUGCCAGAUCCUACUGAAUUUCGACGACUUUGAGUUGGUGGGACCCGUGGCUGGUGACUGUACCAAUGAUACCUUUGUUGUGAUUGGUGCCAACCCUGGACCCAGUAUUCCAACACUGUGUGGCUUCAACACUGGCCAACACAUGUUUGUGGAUGUGGAUAACUCACAAGGACCUUACAAGUUGGUAACUACACUCUCUUCCUUCAACUAUCAGCGUCGCUGGAAGAUCAAAGUAACAUUCAUCAGUAUGAACACACCGUGCCGGGCCCCUAACAUGUGCCUCCAGUACUUUAUGACUCCCACCGGUACAUUCUCCUCCUUUAACUACGGUGGUACACCAUCCAUGAUGAUUAAUGAUCAGCAAUACUCCAUCUGCUUCGCGUACCAGCAAGGGUACUGUAACUUGGGCAUCAAUUACAACAGGUUUGACCUGGGCAACGUCAACCAGCAAUGUACUACAGACUUCGUGGCAAGUGCUGGUGAGAGACUCUGUGGAGACUUCGCUACUUUUACGAAUCAAGUAAAUGCUACGGGUCCCAUAAAUCUACUGGUAUCUUCUGAUGGCGUCAAUGACCGGGAAGAAGAAGGCUUUUCUGCCAGCUACAUGAUGAUGGCUUGCUAGUGAUAAUCUCUAUACCCUAGCCGCCCACACCCACGCUCGUCCUGCCCAUGCAAGCACUGACACCUCAAUGCCAAGAAAAUAUUGGAUCCAAAAUUAUUUCCAAAAGGAAUCAUCCCAAUGGUUGAGGUGUAUUCCUGUAAAGUGAAGAUAACUGGAGAGUUUGAGAGACAGUACAGUCAAAAAAAAAAAAAAAAAAUGAAUCAGCCCAAUACUCUAAUUUGGUGAUGAUAUUGUAGAAAUACAAUACUGUAUGUAUUAUCAUUCCUGAGAUGUAGUGUGCAUGCGAGUGUGACAGUGGGCAGCUCAAACUUCGGCUUUACAUGACCGUCGGCCUCUGUAAUACAGGAGUCGCACCGUUUUUAUUCACUGUAUAAUAUUGUAAAAUACGUGGGCAGCAAGAGACAUGUAUAGCACUGUACAGAAAUUAUUUACCCUUUAAGAUGUAUACAGUAGUGUGUAUCAAGUGUCAAGCGCGUGAGUCAGGUGUGUGAGUCAGUGAGUAUGGUUAUAAUCAUAUUAAUUUAUAAGCAUUUAGUAAUUUAUUGAUAAGUUAUUUUUUAUGUUAAGGUUUAUGUCAACCACGAUCCUCAGGGCAAUUAACGGCAAGAGGAACACACACACAGGCGAUGACGUCACAGAUCCCUGUAUUCAGAUAGUGUUCAUCAAUAAACGACAAUAAUUA